AUGGCUGUGGCGACCCAGAAGAUACCAAAGGCUCCAACAGCCCCUAGUACCUCCAUCAAGACAUACUACCAAAACAAAAUUGAAUCUGCCGAGCUUGACAUUACCCGCAAGACCCAGAACUUGCGUCGAUUGGAAGCUCAGCGAAAUGCUCUCAAUGCUCGAGUGAGGCUCCUCCGAGAAGAGCUGCAGGUCCUGCAAGAGCCUGGAAGCUAUGUGGGUGAAGUCAUCAAGGUGAUGGGCAAGAAGAAGGUCUUGGUCAAGGUGCAGCCUGAGGGCAAGUAUGUGGUCGACUUCUCCCCCGACAUCCCCGUCUCCUCCCUCACUCCCAACCUCCGUGUCUCCCUCCGUGCCGACUCUUAUCUCCUCCACUCCAUUCUCCCCAACAAGAUCGAUCCCCUCGUCUCUCUGAUGAUGGUCGAAAAAGUCCCCGACAGUACCUACGAGAUGGUCGGUGGUCUGGACAAGCAGAUCAAGGAAAUCAAAGAGGUCAUUGAGCUGCCGGUCAAGCACCCAGAACUGUUUGAGAGUCUGGGUAUCGCUCAGCCCAAGGGUGUGUUGCUGUAUGGCCCCCCGGGAACGGGCAAGACGCUGUUGGCGAGAGCGGUGGCGCACCACACGGACUGUCGAUUCAUUCGAGUCUCCGGAUCGGAAUUGGUGCAAAAGUACAUUGGUGAAGGUUCGAGGAUGGUUCGAGAGCUGUUUGUGAUGGCCCGGGAGCAUGCCCCGAGUAUCAUCUUUAUGGAUGAGAUCGACUCUAUUGGAUCGAGCCGUGGCGAGAGCGGUAAGGGAGACUCGGAAGUGCAGAGGACCAUGAUGGAGCUGUUGAACCAGCUGGAUGGAUUUGAGGCUACCAAGAACAUCAAGGUUAUCAUGGCCACCAACCGUAUAGACAUCCUCGACUCUGCCCUUCUCCGACCAGGACGAAUUGACCGAAAGAUCGAGUUCCCGCCUCCCAACCCUGAGGCCCGUAUCACCAUUCUCAAAAUCCACUCUCGAAAGAUGUCUUUGCAAAGAGGUAUCAACUUCAGAGCGUUGGCGGAGAAGAUGGGCAACUGCUCUGGUGCGGAGGUGAGGGGAAUGUACGCUUUGCGUGAGAGGCGUCAGUACGUCGGGCAGGAGGACUUUGAGAUGGCUAUCGCCAAGGUGUUGAAGAAGAACGCGGAGAGCAACAUGAGUGUCAACAAGCUCUUCAGCUAG